AUGUCGAAUGCCAUUCUUUCCGCUUCCGCGAAGGGCGCUACCUUUCUCAUCCUGCUGCAGGUGGCAUCGCGAGCGCUGACUUUUGCCGUCAAUCAAGUUUUGCUGCGGUUCCUCGAGCCAAAGCUCCUCGGUGUAUCUGCACAGCUGGAACUCUUCUCCAUUUCCGUCUUGUAUUUUGCACGGGAGAGUCUACGUGUGGCAUUGCAACGCCAGGCGCACGGUACGCAGGCCGUGGUCAAUCUUUCUUAUCUCGCCGUGGGGCUUGGAACGCCGUUGGCAUAUGGACUGGCGAUAGCGUGGAUGAGAUCUGAUUACCCCAAUGUUCCUUACUUUACGGAGGCGCUGAUUCUCUAUUGCCUUGCCACAUUUCUUGAGUUACUCUCGGAGCCGGCGUUCUCGGCUGUGCAGCAGAAGCUAUUGUAUAAGACUCGAGCAUCCGCGGAGAGUUCUGCUACGCUGGUGCGAUGUUUGGGUACCUGUGGUUCUGCCAUCUUGGCCAGCUGGGCUGGACUUGAUAUCGGGGUGUUACCAUUUGCGGUCGGGCAGUUGGCAUACGCUCUGACACUUGUUGUUGUGUACUCGUACCAAACAUGGCCGGUUGCAAGGACGGAUGGCUUCUCCUUGUUCCCUGUGAAGGUUGCAUCUACAGAGGAAGAUCCGGCCCUACUCGAUUACUUUUCGGCCCCGCUACUUCAGCUCACGGGAUCACUCACUCUGCAGUCGAGCUUGAAGUAUGUCUUGACACAGGGCGAUUCGCUCCUCAUUGCCGCGCUGGCAUCUCUCGCUGAUCAAGGUGCAUAUGCAUUGGCUUCCAACUACGGCGGACUCAUCGCACGCAUGUUAUUCCAGCCUAUUGAAGAAAGUAGCCGGAACAUGUUUGCGAAACUCUGCGCUGACACGGAGUCACCACGAAGCACCAAAGAGACGAAGAAGUCAAUGCAAAAGGAAGAGCAAAAACAGAAUCUCGGCCAAGCCUCACGGGUCCUGACGACCAUCCUACGUCUUUACUUGAUCAUUUCACUCUUCGCAGUUACCCUUGGUCCCGUUCUUGCUCCCACGCUCCUAUCCAUUGUCGCCGGCAGGAAGUGGUCUGCAACGUCAGCAUCCCAGGUCCUAUCAACGUACUGCUUCUAUAUCCCCUUUCUGGCCAUCAACGGCGUGACCGAAGGCUUUGUUGCCGCUGUCGCUACCAACAAGGAACUGUAUGCCCAAUCUGUGUCGAUGGGCAUCUUCUUCUUCCUCUUUGCAGGCAGCGCAUGGUUCUUCAUCGGACAGCUGGAACUCGGUGGCAGCGGCGUGGUGCUCGCAAAUAUUGUGAAUAUGGGUCUACGUUCGAUUUGGAAUAUCUGGUUCAUCAAGAGCUUCUUCGGGCGGAGAGAGUCGGGGUUCAGUGUGUUGGGCACACUACCGUCACUGACGGCUGCUGCGCCUGCAGCUGUGGUCCCUGCCCUGAUGCGGACGAAACCUGGCAUUCGAUUUCUUUCGAGAUUUGGUGUGGUGGGGGAGCUGGUUAGCAUGGGGGUGAUUGGGGGGGUCUAUGUCCUCCAUGUGCUUUGGUUUGAGCGGCGGUUCUUGCGGGAUUGCUAUCUUAUGCUGAGGCCGUCUGGAACUGCUCCAGCGCGUCAAAAGCCCGAGACACAACCGUUUAAAGCCUUGGCAACAUCACCCAACACGGUACCAGCCCUGGCGCAUGAACAAGCUGCCGAAGCGAACGAACCCCCGCAGGUAGUUACGAAACACGCCGAGAGGUUCUGCGGCUCGCACCGUCUGUGCGCUUUACAAUACCACUGUACAGUACACACCAAGUACGCGUCAGGAUUCCCACGACUGCAGAAGAGCCGAGUGGGACGUAGCAAGUGUGCCAUGGACGGGGACGAGUCAAGAUACUACCAUGGCUUGGUGGACAUGGGCAGCAAUGGCAUACGUUUCUCGAUAACGAAUCUGACGCCCGCAACGCAACGGAUACUGCCCCCUGUGUAUCUCGAUCGUGCGGCGAUAUCACUCUACGAUGCUCAGUAUGCAAAUGGCAGUGUUGUGCCCAUUCCCGAAGCCACGAUCCAACAAGUGCUCAAGGGUUUUCGGCGAUUCAAAUCAACAUGUAAAGAUUUUGGCGUGCCCGAGCAUCAAAUCAGAGUCGUAGCUACAGAGGCCACUCGCAAAGCAUCCAAUUCUGAAGAGUUUCGGGCCAAGAUCAAGCAGGCUACGGGAUGGACUGUGGAACUGUUACCAAAGGAGAUGGAAGGCAGGAUCGGAGCAUUUGGUGUCGCCAGCUCGUAUGAAAAUGUCACGGGGCUCAUGAUGGAUCUCGGGGGUGGAAGUACACAACUGACGUGGAUCACCACACAAGAUGGCGAGGUCACCAUGAGCGAGAAGGGAAGUGUCAGUCUGCCCUAUGGUGCUGCUGCCCUUUCCCGACGACUAGAAGCCGCAGGACGUCCUAGCAGCCAGAGCUUCAAAGCCUUCGAGUCAGAAGUCGUUGCAGACUUGCAGAACGCUGUGCAGGCUAUCCAGAUCCCACAGAGUCUCCUAGAGCGGUCCAAUUCGCCCGAGGGCCUCUCCCUCUUCCUUUCUGGCGGCGGGUUCAGAGGUUGGGGCUUCAUUCUCAUGUCCAAGCACGCUAUCAGGCCUUACCCUAUUCCCAUCAUCAACGGCUUCCGCACCACGCACGAUCUAUUUCACGACACGGAGGCUGUGCAAGCGGCCGUCCAAAAGGAGGAUACACCAGACAUCUUUCGUGUAUCGGCAAGACGUGCCAGCCAAGUUGUAGCAGUUGGGUUUCUGGUCACCUGUCUAUCACGAGCACUACCCAGUAUCAUGGAUGUCCACUUCUGUCAAGGCGGUGUGAGAGAAGGUGUGUACUUUGCGGACAUGGACCCGGUCGUCAGGAAAGAUCCGCCGCUGGUAACAGCCACGAGACCGUAUGCUCCUCAAUCGGCGCCCUUACUGGCCAAUCUGAUGAUGGAAGCCAUUGCCCCCCCGCCUCGGGCACCGCAGCAAUUGAUAUUCAGCCGUAGUCUGGUGGAGGCUUUUGUACAAGGCAUGUUUGCACACAUGGCAAACACCAAGGAUCUGCGCAGUGGAUCAGCACUGCGCAGCACAACGACGGGUAUCUUCUCUGCUGCGCAUGGACUGAGUCACGAGCAACGUGCGAUGCUGGCCAUUCUUCUCUGCGAGCGCUAUGGAGGAUAUGGCUCGCUGAGUCCUACGGAGCAAGACUUUUACAGACGCAUGCUACAACUCGUUCCUGAUGGAAUGGAGUGGUGGUGCAUGUAUCUUGGCCGCAUUGCUGCUGUCAUUGCCAGCGUGUAUCCAGCUGGGCUAGUCAGGGAAGAGAGGCUGGGCUUGAAGGUGCAGUGGGUGAUGACGAAGAAGGACAAGGAGAAGCUGUGUAUUGAUUUUGGCUUCGUCAAGGAGUUGGACGAGUUGGACGAGGGCUUGUUUGGAUCGCUGGAAAAGGUCUCCAAGGCGGGUAAGAAGAAGAACUGGAUGGGGGGAGGUGGAUACAAGGUGAUGGUCAUUGUCAAUGGCCAUGAGCUGGCGGAGGAGUAG